AUGUCAUUCACAAAAGCAAGGCAUCGUACCAAAGGUGAACGUCAACUCAAGCCGGAUGAUGCCAGGGAACAAGAAUCUCGCAUUUUGGAUGAACAAGAACAAGAAAGAGAAAUCACAGAGCUCAGAGUGAAGAAUAGAAGCGAUAACGUUAGAGCUCAGAACGUUCUCGAUGUUGGUCUACUUAGUAGCGCCUUUUUCUCCAUACUCCAACUACUCAAAUACAUCCGUAUAUCUCCUCCACUGACUGCACUAUCAAUCCUCCAACUCGCUUUCAUACCAUUGUCUCUAACCCCUUACUACCUUCCACCAUCCGUCCGACCCGUAUCUCGGUAUCACCUUUACAUAUGGCUCACCCACUGCGCUCUCUUCCUCAUCGCAUUGCAAGAGCUACGCUCCCGGCCGCUCGUUUUUGGCGAAGUUGCCCGAUGGGCCUUACCCGGUAUACUAGCUUGUGUUGUGGAAGUGCAACGGAGGGGUGAGACGGAUGUGCUCAGAAAAUUGGACGAGCUGGAAGCUUCAAAGUAUCAUCUUAAGGGAGUGUGA